UGAAACCACUGAGGAAAAAAAACACUACCUGAAACCAUAAAUUUAUUUUGAUCCAGAAACCCAAGUUUAGUUUGGAUUUAUUUUCUAUUUUAAUUUACAAUAAUUUUAAUAAAUGGGGUGUCUCAAUUCAAAGAGAAACGAAGAAUGUACUGGAGUUAUCACGGAGAAGCCCCCGUACUACGAUAUGACUCCCAUACUGCACCGAACAGUGGUGUUCCUCAACGGAGUGAAAGGCAACGGCAACUCCGUGGUGGCCAACACCAUCGCCAAGGUUACCGGCUACACGAAGAUCAGGCCUGAUGACCUGCUGCUGGAUGAGUCGGUGAAGGAGACCCCCAGAGGGAUGUUCAUAGCUGAGAAGAUGAGCAAGGGGGAGGAGAUUCCUGAGCAAACAAUACUCGACCUGAUAAAGGAAGCGAUGCUGAUGAACAGAGACUCUUCUGGCUACAUCCUGGUGGACUUCCCCGAGACGGACACCAUGCAAGACCUAUUCAUGGACCAGGUGAAGCCGCCAGACAAAAUGGUCAAAGUUGACUUGGACUCUACUAUGCAGACGAUGCUAUACAUCAACUUGAGGCAGGAUGGCCCCGGCUGGGGGGUGUCCAAACAUCGCUACCACAUGCUCAAGCAACCGGGGCAAAAGUCCAAUCGAAUAAUUAAGUUACCACCUCAACCAACAAGCCUGCACAAACAGCUGUCGUUAAUAAGCAAACCGAACGAACCCAAUCUGCCGCUUCCCGUGGGCUCUCGACUCACACUGAAGGACAGCCGUUGCUUCUAUAUUGAUUACAACCAACGAGUGUCAGGCAAAGACGGCGAAUCCACCGAAAAGCCGUUCAAAUCGUUGCUCUGCGAAGCCCCUUCGAUGCUGCGGCGAAAGUCCACAAUAUCCAUGAUGGACAUCCAGGCCGAGGCCAGGAAGAGGAUCAGCAGCUACAAGCCCGCCUCGGAGCUCCGCCGGGAGACCCAUGAAGCCUUCGGCAGAUCACGGCAUAUUCGACGGCAGAAGGCAGAGCUCGAGUUCAGGCUGGAAUGCAACCCGCCCAAAGUAUUUGUUGCGUAGUUUUGGAAUGUAUUUUUACUUGGUUGUUUGUUUUGUAAUAUUAGUUACUUAUUCUUAUUUUUUAAAUUGUGUACUUACUUAAAUAUUGAAUUAUAAAUAUUUACAGUUUAA